CGAACAGCGAGCGAGUUACGACGUUACGACGUGCUUCUGAUAAAAAUAAAAUAAAAGAGGAGUUCAGUUCGCCGCAAGAUUUGCCGGUUGGUGACUGUAACAGCGCAUUACCGUUGGCACCUUCCCCGUCUGUGUAGAAUUUUUUAAAUUGUGUGUAAAUAGAACUUUAUCCAUUCUUAUUAUUUAAACUGAUUGAAGAUUGUAUAUAUAGAUAUUGUAAUAUUACAUCAAGUAUCUCACGUAAGAGCGUUUUGUCAUCGCCCAAGGACGUAAGAAUACCUGGACGGAGCGUAAGCUAGGUAUCUCUUUUAAACGCGGGGAGUGAAGCCUAAAGAGUGUAUAUAAGAGCAAGAGCAAGAGCAAGAGACGUGAGUACGCGUUAUUCUGAGACAUCCCGAGCGCAGAACGAGAAAAGAGAAGCGGAAGAAAGUGUGACUGUAAAUAGGAGAGAGGAAGGAGAAGGAAGAGGGGAGUGGGCAAGGUGGAGGUAAAAGAGGUGAGUGAAGAAGGCCGGGCAAGUGAAAUGAAGUGAAAUCAUUUUACAGAUGUAGAGAGGAGAGUAGAGGAGGAAGGUGUGUCGGCCACGGUGUGACGGAGGAAGGGAGAAGAGGAAGCAGCGUAAGCUAAAAGAACGACGAGAGGGUGGUGCAAGGGGAAAAGGGAGAGAAGGUGGAGAGAAGGCAACAGAAAGGAGAGAGGAGAAAUGGAGUGGUCGGAGGACCUAAUUAGGGUGUUAAAUAGAAUAGGGGAUGAGUUAGGGAGGAUUAGAAAGAUUAUAGAAAGAAAGGAAGGGGGGUCGAAAGGAGAGGAGAGUGUCGAGGAAAGGGAGCGGAAGGAUGAUGGAGAGAGGAGCGAGUCGGGAAGCAAGACGGAAGAGAGAAGUAUCAACGGGGAGGAGUUGUGGAAGGAGGUGAAGAGGGGAGAGGAGAGAAGACUAGGAGAGGAGGCAGACGAGAUGGAGAAGACAAGGAGAUUGAGGGAGAAAGUGAAGAGGAUGGAGGAGGAGAGGGAGGAAAAGGAGAAAAAGAGGAGAAAUGUAAUUUGGAGGGGGCUGGAUGGAAGGGACGCGGAAGAAAGGAGGGGUUUUAUGGAAAGGGUGACGGAGAAGGUAAUGGGAAGGAUGCUGAGGAUAAGAAGGGUAUGGGAAAGGAAAGGGAUAGAAGGGAAGGAGGUGGUAUUGGUGGAGAUGGGGGAUGAGAAGGAGAGGGCUGAGUUACUUGAGAAAUAUUGGGAAUUUAGGCAGAGGUGGGGGAUAGUUGUUGAUGAGGAUCUCACUAUAAAGGAGAGAUGGAUGAAGAGAAGAAUUCUGGAGAAGGCGAGGGUGGAAAGGGAAAGAGGCAGGAGAGUUAUGACAGACAAUAGAAGAAUUUGGGUUGAGGGAAAGGAGAUUUUCUGGAAUGAGGAGGAAGGGAAAUGGGAAGAAAGAUAGAGGGCAAAGGCAGGAGAGGGGGGAGGGAGGUUGGCUAAUUGAAUGUUCACAGAGAAAAAAGAGGAGAAGGUGAUGGAGCAGUCCGAAAAGGCAGGUGAGGAGGUAGAGAUAUAAGAUGCGGAGUGCGGAAGGGAGGAGAAAGGAGCAGGCUGGAGGAGAUAAGACAGAAGGCGAAGAGGAGGAGGAAGAGGAGCUCAGGCGGAGGAUGCGGAGUUGAGGGAAGAGAGAAGGAGUGAGAGGGAUUGGAAAAGAUGGAG